UACUGGGCAGAUUCUUUCUCAGAGAGGGAGAUACAAAAAGAGAGAAAGAAUGAGAGAGAGAAUGAGAAGAGAGAGAAGGAGAUGCUAACUUGGGUGAUUUAAGGGAACUAAAAGAGUGAGAGGGCAUAGCAGUCUUCAGCCCCACUCCAAGGAGAGAUGAAUAAGGUUUGCUGUCAUUACAAGAAGCUUCUAGCUGAUAACUACUGUCUGGUAUUUCCUUGCUGGUUUCUCCAGACCGCAGGGUCUGGGGGCUGUGAUCCACUAUACAAAUGUAAAUUACCUCAGGCUGCCGGUGACUCACCCAUCCCCUUUAAAUGGAAGUUGGUCCAGGGCAGUGAGUCUGAGGGCAAAAGCCAUGGCUCACAGACUCUGCUUCCCCUGCUGGCUGCUACUUUGCUGGCUGCUGGUAACAGUGGCAGAAGGACAACAAGCAGCAGUGACUCUUCCUGGAGGCUCACAGAAUAAUGUAGACCCCACAGACUGCCGAAUCUUUACACUCACCCCUCCACCAACAACCAGGAGCCCAGCGACAAGGGUUCAAUCUAUUACAAGGACACCUAGGUGUCCUAUUCGAUUUUUUCCACCAAAAUUACCCAGGAUCCCUGUUAGAUUGCCAAAUAGACCUUUCUUCCCACCGAGGUGCAACCACCGUUUUCAGUUUCAUCCAUUUUUUGGACCACAACGUUAUUUCUCUCGUCGUUAUGGCUAUAUCUCCAGAAGAAAUUUCCAGAGUGCAAGCUCAUCCGAGGAAAGCUGAGAGAAAAGAGAAGCACCAAACAUACUGAAACCAAACAAAAGGAUGCCUCAGAAAAGACUAUAAAAAUGAUUUCUCUUUCCAAACUAAAGAUACUGGAUUUGAAGGCUAAGCAUCUUAAAUCCCACUGACUAGAAGUCAUUCUCCCUGUCAACAGUGGUUUCUAAGAUACUCAUGUUUGCAUAGUAAGGACAGUGACAUUAUUCUCCUGCCUCACUUUUCAUGAUCCCAUAGUGCUUAUACAAAUAAAAAUCCUAAAAUGGAUAGUUCCAGUAGUUCCUAUUCAUAGUGAGAUGUCAGAAGAAUCUCUAAAUUACAACGAAGAAUAUCUCAAUAAACUGAUACAUUCGAGAACAAAUGAAAAUGCCAUGACAACUUUUUAUAAUCUUUGGAGAAUUUAAAGAGCAUGGUCAUCUACAAAGUGAACUUUAAAAUGAAUUAUAAAGAUUAAAUAAAAACAAGGUUAUGGGUAGUCUACAGCAUUUAAAAAAUAUCAGAAACUGAACAAACUAACCCCCAAACUAUCUUAGUUGUGAUACAUAAAUUUACUUUAAAGUUAACUUUUAAGCAACAGUGCAUAUUAGUUUGAAAAGUAUC